GCCGAGCGGGCGCUCCGCACUCGCCGUUCCCUCCGCGCGUGUGUGUGGGUGCGAGCGUGGUGCCUGUCAAGGGGCCGUUUCUCUCCCCACCCUCCUCCUCCUCCCUUCUUUCCAAAUAUGCUUUUUGCAAGUUUUGAUCUCGUCUCGGCACUGGCUACCCUCGCCGCGUGCUUGGUGUCACUGACUUUGCUGCUGGCCGUGUCCCAACAGCUGUGGCAGCUCCGCUGGGCUGCCACCCGCGACAAAACCUGCAAGCUACCAAUCCCCAAAGGCUCCAUGGGAUUCCCUUUAAUCGGAGAGACCUUCCACUGGCUGCUGCAGGGCUCCUGCUUCCAGUCCUCGCGGCGGGAGAAGUACGGGAACGUGUUCAAGACGCACUUGCUGGGGCGGCCGCUGGUGCGGGUGACGGGCGCCGAGAACGUGCGCAAGAUCUUGAUGGGGGAGCACCACCUGGUGAGCACCGAGUGGCCGCGGAGCACGCGGAUGCUGCUGGGCCCCAACACCGUGGCCAACUCCAUCGGCGACAUCCACCGCCACAAGAGGAAGGUUUUCUCCAAGAUUUUCAGCCACGAGGCUCUGGAGAGCUAUCUGCCCAAGAUCCAGCUGGUGAUCAAGGACACGCUGCGGGCGUGGAGCAGCGAGCCCGAGCCCAUCAACGUGUACCACGAGGCGCAGAAGCUGACGUUCCGCAUGGCCAUCCGCGUCCUGCUGGGCUUCCGCAUCCCCGACGAGGAGCUCGGACGCCUCUUCGAGGUCUACCAGCAGUUUGUGGAGAACGUCUUCUCCCUGCCCGUGGACCUGCCCUUCAGCGGCUACAGGAGGGGAAUCCGGGCCCGGGAGACGCUGCAGAAGGGGCUGGAAAAAGCCAUCCAGGAGAAGCUGCAGAACACGCAGGGCAAGGACUACGCUGACGCCCUGGACAUCCUGAUAGAGAGCGGGAAGGAGCACGGCAAGGAGCUGACCAUGCAGGAGCUGAAGGACGGCACCCUGGAGCUCAUCUUCGCCGCCUACGCCACCACAGCCAGCGCCAGCACCUCCCUGAUCAUGCAGCUCCUCAAACACCCGCGGGUGCUGGAGAAGCUGCGGGAGGAGCUGCGCAGCAAAGGGAUCCUGCACAACGGCUGCAUCUGCGAGGGCUCCCUGCGCCUCGACAACAUCAACGGCCUGCAGUACCUGGACUGCGUCAUCAAGGAGGUUCUGCGGCUCUUCACCCCCAUCUCCGGGGGGUACCGGACGGUGCUGCAGACCUUCGAGCUGGAUGGUUUCCAAAUCCCCAAGGGCUGGAGCGUGAUGUACAGCAUCCGGGACACCCACGACACUGCUCCCGUCUUCAAGGACGUGGACGUCUUCGACCCCGACCGCUUCGGGCAGGGCCGGAGCGAAGACAAGGAGGGCAGGUUCCACUACCUCCCCUUCGGAGGAGGCGUACGGACCUGUCUGGGCAAGCACCUGGCCAAGCUCUUCCUCAAGGCCCUGGCCAUCGAGCUGGCCAGCACCAGCCGCUUCGAGCUCGCCACCAGGACUUUCCCCAAAAUCACCCUGGUGCCCGUGGUCCACCCGGUUGACGGACUCAAGGUCAAGUUCUUCGGACUGGAUUCCAACCAGAACGAGAUCCUGACGGGCACAGACGCCAUGCUGGGGGCCACCGUGUAAAGCCCGCGCCGCCGGUGGCACCAGGGACGGGCGGCCGG